UAAGGGUUAGUGUUGGUUAUAAACGUAUUAUUUGAUUAAAGUUGUUAUCAAAUAUCAGUGAUAAUAAAUAUUGAAUGUAGUGCUUUUAUGAGUUAAAAAAACGUGAAUGUCACUCUUAAUCAUUUUGAAAAUUCACCGCAGUACUUUUUUCCAUUAGGGAUCAUGGCAGAUGAUAUUUCAAACAUUAAUGACAUUCAAGUUAUAUUAAGGAUUUGGGAGGAUAAACAUGAAACUCCAGGUUAUAAUCCAAUACCAGUUCUGACAAGGUUGUCUGAAAUCAUAGAAUAUGAGACAGAGAAUUAUUACAACAAAGAUCCAGAUCCAUUUGAUGAUCGUCAUCCUAUAAGAUCUGAUCCUGAGUGUGAGCUGGGACGCUUGUUAAAAAUUCUUUUUAGGAAGGAUAAUUUUGUUACAAAGCUGGUCAAUGAUUAUCUUCGAGACUCAUAUUUUUCUCGUCAACAAAUUGUUCGUGAUGUUGCACCUUUAAAUGUAGCUGCCUGCAGAUUAAUGUGGGUAAUAUUGCCAGGUCUUGAAAUAUCUGCUGUUUUUCAGACUGAUAUGGAAAAUUUAAUGAUGAGACUGUUUAGUUGGGCUGAGAACAGUUAUGAGCCACUACAAAGUUAUGCUACUGGUUUACUUGCUGCUGCCAUGGAUGUUCAAGAUAUUGCCAAUGGAUAUAGAGAAAAAAAUGCAAAGUUAGUCCCAUUGCUACUGCAAAGAUUGCAUGGAAUGCAUAUACCAAAAGAAAAAGAUGAUGAAUUCCAGAGGCCUUUUGGGCACUUUGGUAAUGAAAAUGAUCCUGCACUAAUGAAUAGUGAUGCAAAUUCAGAAGCAAGAGAUAGUAGUAGUGAAAGCCAUAAUGCAGGAAAUACUUCCAAGAAAAAAGUUCGUGUGCGACACUGUGAAAAUGAUUCAGUAGUGCCAGUAAAACAAUUAAAAUUCAAUCCAGACAAUGCCAAAGAAUUGGGUGAUGAUGCAGCAGUUUGCUCUACCUCACAUUUUCAAGAACAUGCAAUAGGUGAUAUAAAUUCACCAACCGUAGCUUCAUUAGAGUCUGUACACGGCUUAUCACAAAAUUCCACUAGUCGAGAUGGCCUGAGUGGUAACGCGAUCAUGGGGCGAAGGAUUUCGAUUUAUCCGCCUACAGAUGAAUCUAAACAAAUGCUGAUACUGCGCUAUCUGACAUCUAUGGGGGAAUACCAGGAGUUCCUGGGUCAUGUAUUCGAACAAAAAGCUUUAGAGUUGAUACUACAUUAUAUCAAUGGGAAAGAAAUUCGUUAUCAAAGAAUAGCAUUUGAAGCUCUAAAAUACUUAGCUGCAUUGUUGUAUCAUAAAAAGGUUUCAAUUGAAUUUUUAUCCAUGGGUGGAUUGCUACGUCUUUUAGAGGUACCACGACCAGGAAUAGCUUCAACUGGGGUAUCAACAUGUUUGUGCCAUUUGGCUUACAGUGAAGACACGAUGGAAAGGGUUUGUUUGAUGCCCCAGUAUGUGAUAGCCGAUCUUGUACGCUAUGCUUUAUGGCUACUUCAAAGUACACAUGAAUCAGGGGUCAACAAUGCAGUUAUUUUUUUUAGUUUUUCAUUUCAAUUUAAAGUGAUACUAAAUGAAUUUGACAGUCAAGAUGGUCUUCGGAAACUUUAUAAUGUGAUAUCAGUUCUCCCCAUAUUAGUAAACGAAGAAGAUAGCCAAAUGACGGAUGACCAAGAAUAUUCUGCCAGGCAAGCCGUCAGACAUGUGUGUGUAGCGUUGAAACGUUAUUUGGAAGCCCACCUUUAUCACAAAUAUGUACAAGUUAUGAGACAAUACAAUCCUGAUGCGGCACCAUGUGCUUUAUUACCAUAUAAAGCUUGCAAAUCAACACCAGAAGAAGUUGCAGUGCAAGUACAAACGUUGCAGGAAUUGCUGUUCUUUAAAUCCCCUUGGCCCCCAAUUGAUGAACUAAUGAGACUUGGUGGCAUCACAUUGCUAUUGUUAGUCAUAGCAUUCGCUUAUGAAUGGAAUUAUAGUGGUCGUGCAGAAACAGUACGCUCUGCAUUAGAUGUCAUAGCUAUUGGUUGUGUCAUGCCGAAAGUUCAAGCCUUGUUGUGUGAAAAACUUGAUUUACCAGAAGAAACAUUGACAGUUGGUACAAGUAUAGUAUUAGGAGCUGCUGAAAGAGAAAUAGUUGCCGAUGCCGAUGUUCAAAAAUCGGCUUUAGCUGUUUUAGUGAACUGUGUGUGCGCUCCCUUAAAUAGGGGAGGUGCUUCAAUAAGCCGAUUUUCAUCAAGUGGAACACCAGCGAUGAGAAAAAAGACCCCAUUGAAAUCUUCUGAAGAGUUAAUACAGAAGGUGUGGGAAAGUGUUAGAGCUAACAAUGGUAUUUUGAUAUUGCUACAAUUGAUGAUGGUAAAGACGCCAAUAACAGAUGCUGAUGCUAUUAGAGCAUUAGCUUGUAAAGCCCUUGCUGGAUUGGCUCGAUCAGACAAAAUUAGACAGAUUAUUAGCAAACUUCCUCUUUUUGCCAACGGACAGCUUCAAAAUCUGAUGAAGGAUCCCAUACUGCAAGAAAAAAGACAAGAACACGUUUUGUUUCAAAAAUACGCUUUAGAAUUAAUGGAAAGAGUGUCUGGAAAAAGUAACAGUGGUGAAUUCUUUUCAUCUUUAGCAAAUAUACACAGAGCAAAUAUAGUAGCUCAAACACGAAUCCAAUUUAAUGAUAAGCAGCUACUGCAAUUGAUACAUCAACAUUUGUUAGAACGUGGAAUGGUGGAUUCAGCAACAAUGUUGCAGAAGGAGGCUAAACUAAACUAUAGUAGUGCUAGUAGGGCAAUGCAUUCCCAAUUAGGCGGUUAUCGAACUCCAUCUAAUACCUCAGUGCAAGCUCGGAAUCGUUUGGCAAGCCAAAGAAUAAUGUCUCCUAGCAAUUCUCAAGGUACACCGACACAGCUUAUUAAAUUUUUAAAUUAUGAAGCUGGUAGAUCAGGAGAAACAGUUUCUGAGAAUUUUAUGACUCCCAUUCGUGUUCGAAAACCUUCCAUUGCUCAAACUCUACUUGACAAAAUAUCAAGUCAGCCUUGCACAAGUCAAAGGUCACUGGAGAAGCAAAUAUCUUGCACUGAAACAGCACCACAUUUUAGUCCAUCCAAACCUAAUAUAGCUAACACAAAUGUUCGUGCAGUGACAUUGGAUUCUAUAGUUACUGAAUACUUAUAUAACCAACAUGCAUUAUGCAAAAAUCCUAUGUCCACAUGUCCGCAGUUUGAUUUACUAGUGCCUCAUAAAUGCCCUGAUCCUAGACCAAGCAAAAUCAUGUCCCAAUGUACAAAUUUUGUGAGCAGGUUUACAAGACGUCCCUUAGGUUAUGAUUUUAAGAAAUUAGAUAGGCGAUUUACUCACUCACAAUUUUGUCCUGUGAAAACAUUUAGGCCUACUGAUAAUGAAUCUUUCUUUACGUGCUGUUCAUUUGUGAAUGGUCAGCAGAACUUGAUUGUUGGUACAUAUGCUGGUGAUAUAAAAAUUAUCAAUACUAUGACAGGUUUAGAAUUAGCAAGCUCACAAUGUCAUGAGUCCUAUGUGUAUAGUAUUCAAACAAACAGGAAUUCUACCUUAUUAUUAUCAUCUUGUACGUGGAGAAGACCAUUGUCAGCAAUAUCUUUAAUCACCAACAAUGGAUUAGUUACCAAAAUCUCGCUACAAGAUGAGGAAUAUAUAGAGUUUAGUAAUCAGCAAGAUAAAGUUGUUGGAACUAAAGGACAAAGUGCAAAGAUUAUUGAUGUGCAAACUGGUCAACAAUUAGCACACUUUGUUCCAGUCAUUAGCAACUCUUAUAAAAACAACAGGGCUACAUUUUCUCCUAAUGAUGAUCUUGUUUUAUCCGAUGGAGUUCUGUGGGAUGUCAACUCAGGAAAGCCUAUUCACAAAUUUGAUAAGUUCAAUCAGAAUUUGAGUGGGGUCUUUCAUCCUAAUGGAAUCGAGGUUGUAUCAAACACUGAAGUUUGGGAUAUUCGAACUUACAACUUACUAAGAACUGUUCCUUUACUUGAUCAGUCCCAUAUAAGAUUUUCCAUAAGUAACACAAUAUAUACUACUAGCUUAGAAAAGGAGACAGAUAAUUCUUCUGAACACUAUGAAUCAUCAUUCAAAACAUUGGAUGCAACAGAUUAUUCUAGUAUAUCAACUAUUGAGGUUCGUCGUAGCAUAUAUGAUCUGUGUGUAAAUGAAUGGGAUAGCCAAAUUGCUUUAGUAGAUCAGGGUCUUUAUGAUUCGGUUCAAGAAUCUGCUAUUAGGAUAUAUGAUGUUGGACGGAAGCGCGAACAGGAUGAUGAUGAGGCAGAAGAAGAUGAUGACAGUGAUAUGGAUGGUUCUGAUAACGGGUCUUUGUCUUCUGAUGUUGAAAGUGAGGAUGACAUAGAAAAUGUCGCAGCAAUUCUGGAUGAACAGGAAAUCAAUAAUUUUCGAGAACGCCGCAAUAUAAGACGCCGGAAUAGAGGGGUGAGAAUAGAAGAUGGUGGGAGCGAGAGCGAAAUCAGUUUUAAUUUAUCGGAUGAUGAUGGUGAUGACGAUGAUGAUGCUUCAGAAAUUUCAGAUAUAAGCGCUCUCGCGGAAAUGUUAUUUGAUCAUUAGCAAUUAGUUAAUUACAUUGUUAAAUAAACAGACUAAAUAUAUUUAUUAUGAAUUUAUAUAUCUAUAU